ACUCAAGAACAUCGACCAUCAUCAUCAAUCCAAUCCUCUCAGUUCUUGAAUACCCAUCUCCAGAUCCUUAACUCAGCCAUUCUCCGCCCCAAUGACCCCAAGAAAUCUCCUCGCCGUCGCCCUUUUCCUCCUCCUCUUCACUCCGCCAAGAACACAGAGUAUCGGCUUCGAUUUCAAUUCUUUCAACAUCAGAAACCUCACUCUCCUCGGCGAUUCCCACUUCCGCGACGGCGUUAUCGGCCUCACCAAAGAGCUCGGAGUCCCUUCCUCCAGCGCCGGCGCUGUAAUUUACAAUCAACCCAUCGGAUUAUACGACGCCGAUACCAACAUUACUGCCUCUUUCUCCACAAGAUUCUCUUUCUCCAUUACUAAUACUAACCCCACUUUCUCCGGCGACGGUCUUUCCUUUUUCCUCUCCCCUGAUAAUCGGACCCUCGGUAGUCCCGGUGGGUAUUUAGGCCUCGUCAAUUCCUCCCGUUUGGUUAACAAGUUUGUCGCGGUUGAAUUCGACACUCGGCUUGAUUCUGUCUUCAAUGAUCCUAAUGAUCACCAUGUUGGCUUCGACAUUGAAAGCUUGGUUUCAAUCAAGACGGCCGAUCCUGCUUCUCAAGAGCUCAAUCUCAAGAGUGGGGAGUCCAUUACGGCUUGGAUUGAGUACAAGAAUGAGGAGUGUAGGUUGAGGCUUUUCUUGAGUAAUUCUAGUUUGAAGCCUUCUGAGGCGCUUCUCGACGUUAGUGUCGAUCUUUCGAGCUAUCUUAAGGAGGUUAUGUAUGUCGGGUUUUCGGGUUCGACUGAAGGGAGUACUGAUCUUUAUUUGAUUGAGAGUUGGAGCUUUCAUACUUCUGGGUUUGUUCCUGCUCGACGUCGAUUUAAGCCUCAUAAUGUUUCUGAUAGCUCUGUGAUUGAUUCUCCUAAUAUUUCUAUAUCUGAUUCUGGAAAUGGUCAUCACAGUCGGCUCGGGCUGGGUCUCGGGAUCGCCGGACCGGCCUUCUUUUGUGCCGUGAUUGCUGUGUUUGGUUUCUUUUCACUUAGGAAAUGGAGGAAGAUUAGGACUCAAAAGAGCUUCAAGGCAGAGCUUUUGACAGGUCCUAGGGAGUUUUGUUACAGAGAACUAAAGAGAGCCACAAAAGGAUUUCACUCCAGUAGGAUCAUUGGCAAUGGGGCUUUUGGGACUGUCUAUAAGGCUUUUUGCACCUCAUCAGGAGGCAUUUCGGCUGUUAAAAGAUCGAAGCAUUCCCACGAAGGAAAGACCGAGUUUCUGGCCGAGUUGACAAUCAUAGCUCGGUUGAGGCACAAAAAUUUAGUUCAGCUCCAAGGUUGGUGCGUCGAGAAAGGUGAACUGCUUCUCGUUUACGACUUUAUGCUGAAUGGGAGCCUUGAUAAGCUGCUCUACCAGGAAUCUGUAGAAGCUAGCUUGUUAAACUGGUCUCACAGAUACAACAUUGCUGUUGGAUUAGCCUCUGUGCUGACAUAUCUACAUCAGGAAUGUGAGCAGCAGGUGAUUCAUAGAGAUAUAAAGACUGGUAAUGUACUGCUGGAUGCGAACUUCAAUGCCAGACUGGGCGAUUUUGGAUUGGCAAAGCUCAUGGAUCACGACAAGAGCCCGGUUUCAACUCUAACUGCAGGAACAAUGGGAUACCUCGCACCUGAGUAUCUACAAUACGGGAAAGCAACUGAGAAAACCGAUGUCUUCAGCUACGGUGUGGUUAUCCUUGAAGUGGCCUGUGGGAGGAGGCCGAUCGAAAGAGAAGCAGGUACUCAAAAGAUGGUCAAUCUGGUAGAUUGGGUUUGGGGAUUACAUUCUCAGGGAAAGAUCAUCGAAGCAGCCGAUAAAAGGUUGAAUGGCGAGUUCAAGGAAGAAGAAAUGAGGAAACUGCUACUUGUUGGAUUGAGCUGUGCAAACCCGGAUAGCUCGGUGAGGCCUUCGAUGAGGAAGGUCCUACAGAUUCUCAACAAUGAGACUGAGCCGGUGUUCGUGCCAAAACUGAAGCCUAGUCUUACCUUUUCUUGUGGCUUUUCACUGACCGUGGAUGACAUUAUAGUAGAGGAAGGAGGAGGAGAGUGGGAAUCUGCAAAGGCAACCACUAUCCAAAUAGACUGAAAGUAACUUCUGUGUUUUUCUUGCACCCUGAUUGUUAAGAUUCAUUCUUUUAUAACCAUCACACUGGUAAAUGCCAUCAUGUACUUCUCAAGUGUCUAGAAACUGAAGGGGAGUUCAAUACAAUCUAUUUGAACUC